AUGGCGAAACUGCGGGAGGUUUGUUUAGAACCAGCCACGGUCUCGCCAGAUCGCGAGGACGUCAGUAUCUCGUCAGUGGUACCGUCUCUUCCCGACCCUACCGGACAUUUCGCCCCCAAUCAGGCAUCCAAUCUUAAUAACAGUAAUAAUAAUAAUAAUAAUAAUAAUAAUAAUAAUAAUAUAAACAAAAACAGUAUGAAACAGCAAGCACGCAAAAUGGACAGUGACCAUGGAACGACGCCGUCGUUAUUUCGAACGGCCAGUGCGCAAUCGUUGCCAGCCACAUCGUCCGAUGGUAUCAGCGCGAUGAGCCUUUAUCAGCGGACUUUGUACAUGCUAGCCAAUGACCCAGGCUUCCAGAAGGAGGUAGCGUUGGGUAAACGUGUCGGAUUCUAUCGCCUCGGGAAAGAGCUUGGCUCGGGGAAUUUUUCAAAAGUUAAGCUCGGAAUACAUGUAUUAGCAAAAGGUGUGAUAUUUAAACUAUUUAUUAUUUUUCAUAUAUAUCUAUAUAAUAAUUUACAAUGUAUUUAUUAUUAUUGUUAUUAA